AUGCUAUGGGAUCUCCGAAUGGCCGAAGGCCAGCUGCAGGCCUCCUCUAAGGCACUAUUUGGACACCAUCGGAACAAUCGACCAAGACGCAACCUCAGCGGGGGACUUGCAGGCGCCUGUGGUGGAAAUAUCGAGCACGAGAUUCUCGCACAAGAUGCGUGCAAUAAAGAAGACCGGGACCUAGGACCGGGACUACUUCAGAAAGCCUGCAAGAAUGCGCUGUCUGUGCUCGUGGCGAAUAGCGUGCAUAGCAAAGCACCGCGAUGCGUCAAGAAAGGCUCCCAACUCUAUGUCGUCCAUGGAGUUGUUCGCGGUGGCUUUGAUGUCUUGCUCCUAUAUGGCCUACGAGACAGUUUUGCACAGCUCAAGACCCGUCUGCUUAGGUUUGGUGCUGAUCUCGAAGGGAUGCGAAUACUGGUGGACUACGAAAGACUAGCCAUCGCCGCCAUUCGCACCACCGACUUACGCGCUACAUCUCUGGUGAAAAAGCCCCAGCGGAAGCCGCUGAAUGGUGGAACACCAUCAAAAGCUUAG